CAUCAUAGAUUUUGAGAAAUCUGUUACUGAAGUGCCAUCCCUGACACAUUUCUCCAACGGAGUGUGUUUAUUUGUGAAAGGCUCAGGUAUUUCACACCCAGUUGCUAAAAGGUAGGAGCCUGGGAGAUUCUGGCGAGGGACCGAGAGGACUGUCGUCCGUCUCGGCACAGGGAGGAACCAGCAUUGCUUUCAGGGAGAGAGAAUGUUUUGAGGAGCACCGCAGCCCCUUGGUGAGCCAGUGCUGUCUGCAUUCUCGUUACCCGAGCUUUGUGUCAGUGGAUUGUACUGACUGGACGCAAACCUGAGCAGGAGGCUGCUGGCAAUGGGAGCCUCCAGGGUGAAGGUAUGGGCUCUGUCUCUCAGCUCUGUGUUCCUGCUGUGUGCACUUCAGUCUCAGGCCCAAGAUUAUUCUGGUUUACAUUCAGGUGAAGAGCACAUGUAUGAAGGCUCCUUAGUUGAUCGAUACAAUGAACGUUCUCAAUCACACAGUGAAUCUAAACACAGUUUUCAAGAUGAGCUCUCAGCAUCUGGCUUUGACUCCUCUGGGCCCACUGUGGUCAACAUGAUCACAGAAGAGACGUACCCCUACACCACAGCUGGGGAGUCUUUCGACUACGCCAAAGAGGAUAAAACCUUGAUGACCCAGGUUCCAUAUGGAGGGGACGCUGAGCUGGGGCAGGAGAGACCCACCGAAUGUGAUUGUGAACCAGGAGAGCCGGGAUUUGCAGGCUUCGCUGGGCCCAAGGGCUCAAGAGGACUGCAAGGCAAACAGGGGUUCCCUGGGGCUCAAGGAAGGGAGGGUUACAAAGGAACCAAAGGAGUAAGAGGAAGAGGAGGAGACACUGGCCCUGAGGGAGACUCUGGGCCUGAUGGAGAGGAUGGUGAAUCUGGUUUCUCUGGUGCAACUGGCCUUCCUGGAUUACCAGGGGACAGAGGUGAAGUUGGGGUACCUGGAUUAAAGGGUGAAAUCGGAAUUGAAGGUCCACGUGGAGGAGUGGGUCUCCCAGGAAAGACUGGCCCAGCUGGCCCAAAAGGAAAACCUGGAAAAGAAGGAGGGAAAGGAAUUAAGGGUUCCAUUGGAAAAACAGGAAAACAGGGUCCUGAGGGACGACAGGGACAAAAGGGUCAGAUCGGAGCACCUGGAUACUCAGGGGACCAUGGAGAGCAGGGUUACUUGGGGUAUCCAGGAGUACCUGGAGACAGGGGGGUGCCCGGACCAAAGGGUGCUAAAGGUCUAGGUGGUUUACCAGGAAGUGAUGGUGAGCCUGGAGAGGAUGGUCCUCUGGGUGUACCAGGAUUUGUCGGUGUACCUGGGCCUUUUGGAUCUAAGGGUUUGAAAGGUGAUCGUGGAGAGAGAGGACAUCCAGGAAGAGUAGGAUCUGUGGGUCCACUGGGCGAGAGUGGAGAUGCAGGAGUUCCAGGGAAACCUGGACCAAAAGGCUUGCCAGGCCCAACAGGUGCCAAAGGGGAAACAGGACCAGAUGGAGACAAGGGGGCACUAGGAAGAAAAGGAGGGAAGGGUGCUAACGGAGAAAAGGGAGAUGCUGGUUCUCGUGGCGACAAAGGGCUGCGUGGAGUAAAGGGUCGUUUUGGCCGUGAUGGGCCUGUUGGUCCCAUUGGUCCCCCAGGAAUUCCAGGCCCCAGAGGAGAUGAAGGCCCAAGAGGAGACCUGGGAAUGAAAGGACAUAGUGGACCAAAAGGAGAGCCAGGUGAACCUGGUCCGGGACUGACAGAUGAACAGAUAUUGCAACUGUGUCAAGGUGUUGUCACAGCUCAGAUCUCCCAAUAUGCUGCAUCUAUACGUGCCAAAUGUACACAGGGCUGUCCAAUCAACAACCGCAACCUUAUCGGACCCCCAGGAGUCCCAGGACCUCCUGGAGAUUCAGGCAAACCUGGUAAAGCAGGCAAGGCAGCUGCUAAAGGAGACAGAGGUCCUGCGGGCAUGAGAGGAUUAGAAGGCCAGAAAGGAGCUCAAGGGGACAGAGGUUCUAAAGGUCAGAAAGGGCAGAGGGGUGACUCUGGCAAAGGCCUGCCCGGGCAUGAUGGUUACCAAGGCCUCAGAGGACUGCCAGGCCAUCCAGCAGAACCAAAGAAAGGAGCUGAGGGGCCACGAGGACCUCGUGGUUUUCCCGGGAAUGUGGGUCAGCCUGGCAUAGCCGGUGGUGCAGGGAUACCUGGAGUGUGCGAGGCACGGGACUGCAGCAUUCAUGCACCUGUAGUCCGUAAAGAAAUGGGAUUGGUCAAGGGUCCCCUUACCCAGAUCUGAGAGCAGAAGUCUGCUACAGUGCCAAACACAGAGCUCUCUGUGGUCAUCUCCAGUAGAAUCCAUGAAAACUGGAAUAAAGCAGUGCCAAUAAAGCAGUGACAUUCUCUCAGUUGGAAGACAUCAACACACACAGACAGACUGGAAUCAAGACCUGGAGAACUCUAUCAGUUUCUUUUUUCCUACUUUUAUGCAAGACAUAUGCAAGUAUGCAAAUGAAUACUAUCAGCACUUUUUCUUUCAUUAACAAAAAAGCUGUGGAUUAAUAACAAAUACGGUAGACAUGUUGUAGAUUACUUGCAAAUACAGCAGACAUGUAAAUAAUUGUGUAAAGCACCAUAAUGUCCUGAAAUAUCAAAUGUUUUUGUCCCUAAAAAUGAGCCAUAAAUAAUUGUAAAAUAAUUUUGUUCUUUGUUUAGUAUUAUUAAGCUUUGUUAACAGACCAAUUUUUUUUUAAGAG